AUGAGAGGAGAGGAUGACCACACAUCACGAGCUUCCACCGACGACCCCGAUGAUAUUUCUUCCGUCGAAGAGCAUGGCCGGGACCUUGAUGCUUUAGAGAAGCAAACCACCGCAUCAUCCGCCUUUUCGGCGCUGGAACAGCGUGCGCAAUCUGUCGUCUCUAGAAUCCGAAGUCGGGAGCCUGGCCAGACGGCCCGCUUUACCCAUCCGCUGUCUCAUACAAAAACGAAGGAAGAUGUGAUCGUCGACUUCGAUGGCCCUGACGAUUCUUACCGUCCGUUGAAUUGGGGCUUCCGGAAGAAGGCAAUCACAACGGUUUUAUAUGGCCUCACCACGAUGGGCGCAACUUGGUCAAGUGCUAUUUAUUCAACCGGUACAGCUCAAGUAAGUUCAAGAUUCGGAAUAGGGGAGGAAGUUAGUACACUGGGAACAACAUUACUGCUUUUUGGAUUCGGUUUGGGCCCGCUCAUCUGGGCUCCCUUGUCGGAAGUUUACGGACGAAAGCCUGCUGUUUUAGGUCCUUACUUCAUCGCUGCGAUAUUCUCGUUUGGUAGCGCAACUGCGAAAGAUGUCCAGACCCUCAUGUUAACCCGGUUUUUCACUGGCUUCUUCGGUGCCGCACCUGUCACCAACACUGGCGGCGUCCUAAGCGACAUCUGGGCGCCGGAGGAACGCGGUGCAGCUAUAGUCGGCUACGCCAUGGCAGUCGUCGGCGGGCCUGUCCUAGGUCCUAUUGUCGGUGGUGCAAUUACCCAGAGCUAUCUCGGCUGGCGCUGGACUCAAUACAUAACCGGCAUAAUGAUGCUAUUCUUUCUAACCCUUGACAUCCUCUUUAUCGAUGAGUCCUACCCUCCGACUCUCCUACUCUAUAAAGCCCGCCGCCUCCGCUUCCAAACCGGAAACUGGGCUCUCCACGCCCGUCACGAAGAAUGGGACGUCACACUCAAAGAGCUCGGAAACAAAUAUCUCAUCCGCCCCUUCGCCCUCCUCGCAACCCCCAUCUGCUUCCUCGUCGCCCUCUACGCCUCCUUCGUUUACGGAAUCCUCUACCUCUCUCUCGCCUCCUUCCCCGUCGUUUUCCAAGAACUCCGCGGCUGGAACCAACUAGUCGGCGCGCUGCCCUUCCUCGCAUAUCUAGUCGGAAUCCUCUUCGGCGCCUGUAUCAACCUCGCCAACCAAAAAUUCUACAUCUCCCGCUUCAAAGCAAACAACAACCGCCCCGUCCCCGAAGCUCGCCUCCCACCAAUGAUGCUCGGCUCCGUGUUCUUCGCCGGUGGCCUCUUCAUCUUUGGCUGGACUUCGCAGAUCCAAAUCCACUGGUUCCCGUCCUUGGUUGGCGGAGCUUGUAUGGGACUCGGCUUCUUCACCAUCUUCCAAGCAGCGCUGAACUACCUUAUCGACACAUUCCAGUCUGUUGCCGCGAGUGCGGUUGCAGCGAAUACGUUCCUGCGGAGCGUGUUUGCAGGUUGCUUCCCCCUGUUUGCGACGGCCAUGUUUCGAAAUUUGGGAGUACCCUGGGCGUCAAGUGUCCUGGGUUUUUUUGCGAUUGCGUUGAUUCCGAUUCCGUAUCUGUUCUAUAUUUACGGGCCCAGGAUUAGGGCUAGAGGGAAGUGGUCGAGGGCGUCGGUUUAUUCGUGA